AUGCACCAGAACUUUCUGGAAGCCCCCAGGGAGUGUGUGGUCUCCGCUGGGCAGCCUGGUUCAUUCUGUCUCUUCUCCUUGCAGUUGCCCAUGAUGGGAGGAGCAUUCAUGGACUCAUCCAACGAGGACUUCAGUACCGAAUACUCCCUGUUUAGCUCCCCUGCCAACGUCCACGCCAACUCCAAUGGCCACAGCCAGCCAGAGGAGUCUCCUCGUUCCUCCAACGAUGCUGUUCUGCUAUGGAUUGCCAUCAUAGCAACCCUGGGGAACAUAGUGGUGGUCGGGGUGGUGUAUGCCUUCACCUUCUGA